CAAAGCUGGUCACGUGCCCACUCUCCGCCUGCAGCUUGUGGAGUUUCGACAGUAACUGAGCGCGUCCUUCUAGAAGCGCCUGACGCGCGAGCACCGCGAGCGUCAACAUGUUCAACAGCCUCCUCGGACAGUUUGAAGAAGACCCUUUCUUCUCCGACCCGUUCCAGGUCCAUCAUGAGCGCAUGCGGCAGAUGAUGAGGGGUUUCUCUGACCCCUUCGGUCAGGGCUUCAUGCCCAGCAUCACAGAUGGCCGUCACAGGGGGAACAGGGGCGCGGGUCAGCCUAACACGAGCCCGAACCGCCGCAGUGACCGAGAGCUGGAUUUCUUUGGCAAUCCUUUCUCUAUGAUAGACAGCAUGAGGAACAGGAUGGAGGCGAUGCACAGAAACUUUGAAAACAUGGCGUCAGACUCCAACAGCCACUCGUUUUCCUCGUCCUCUGUCAUGACAUACUCUAAAAUGGGAAAUGAGCCGGCAAAAGUGUUCCAGGCCUCAGCCCAGACCCGCUGUGCUCCUGGAGGAUUAAAGGAGACCAGGAAGAGUCUGAAGGACUCUGAGAGUGGACUAGAGAAGAUGUCCAUUGGCCAUCACAUCCAGGACAGAGGCCACGUCAUCGAGAGGAAAGAGAACAGGAAAACCGGAGAGAAAGAACUCAACCAGGACUUCCAAAACAUGGAUGAAACGGAGGCCCAGUCCUUUGAUGAUGAAUGGCAGCGUGAGGUGUCCAGAUUCCACGUUUCUGCUCCCAUGUCCCGCCUGGAAGCACCGAGACAUCGAACGGUACACCGAGCAGCCAUCACAGGACCACCAGAGACACGCAGAAAUGCCAAAGCAGCUGCAGGAAAUCAAGCCCAUUACAGUGAGCUGAACGUUAAGGGCUCCAGCGUGGAGAAGCACUAAACUCUUUCUCAAUAAACACCACUGCAGUCUCCUCUCAUCUGACGCCUGUGUCACACCACAAACUUGAGCUGAACUUCUGCUGCUCUAUAGAGAACUUAGUGUUUUUCUUUUCUUUUAUAUAAUGACCAUGUGUUUUAAAAUGGUUAUCAGCAUGAUGAGCAUUAGAGCUGGUCUUUGAUUAACAGUACUUGUCGAAUACUGUCUCCUGGUCCAAGAUUUCUCAGUAACACCAUGAGUGUACAUCAGCACUGUUUGUUGGGAUGUGAAGGAGCGUUUGGACCCGGAUGAUGACGUGUGAUGUCAGAACAGUGUUGGGAUCCGGUGCUGUGAAGCGCUUAUUGAUGUUUAAUCUGCAGUCAUCACCAUGAGCCCUCUAAAACCCUUUCUCUGUACAUUUGUAGAAAAAAAAAAAAAAAAAAAAAAAAGUCAUGAAAGUAGAGUUUUAUAUAUAUGUUUCUCAGAGUGUUUUCCUCCUGACUUGAAGAUACGCUUCACAUUUUUUGAGAACAAACACUGAGUACAAAAGAAAAUAUCAUCACAAUAAAUGCAUUUAAUAUGGCAGUUAGUUAAUAAAGUCUUUAUCCUGCUGGUUUCA